AUGGAGGCUAUGCAACUAACGAGCAAGGCUUCUUGCGAUCUCUUUAGAGCUUUCCCUAAGAACCGAGCUCCUCCAAGAACUCUUGUGGUGGGGAGAAACAAUCCGGUCGAGAUAGCGAGAGACUCAAGGGCUGAUUUGGCAAAUGAUUCAAGGAAAUGGAGAGAAGAAUCUGGCGAAAACUUAGAGGCUUGCAAUGAGCAAGCCAAGGACAAAGCUUAUGAUAUGAAAGACAGGACGAAAGAAAACGCUAGGCACAAAGCUUAG